GCCCGGUGGAAGGAGGGAAACCGACAGGGAGGGAGGGAGGAGUUUUCAAUGUUCAGUUUCUCGCGUGGAUCUCUGCGCGCCGACAUCGCCUCUCUCUGCUCUGCUCGUCCCACCCGACAGCCAACAGUGCACGCGAGCGGUGCCAAACCCAUUUUUUUGAAUGCUUCUCCGUUUGAUUUUCUUGAGCCGCACCACGCGUUGUGAGUCCACGGAGGGGGAAGUGGAAGCGCGCACACACGCGGCGAGCGGCGAUCUGAUGGACACGAGGAGGGGGGCGCUCCGUCCCGCAUAGAAGACGGAAGAAGCCCUGAUUUGUUUUGGUUUUUCAAAUAUAUACAGCAUAUUUAAAUUUUUAAUAUAGAUAUUUUAUGUUUUGUUUUUUUUCUUUUUACUCAUUUUUGUUUUGAUCUGCUUCGCGACACAAAGCGAACUGGAUUCUCCCCGGCAGCCAGAUUGAGAGCCACGAGCGACGUAAAGAAAAUCAAAACGACCCAAAAAACCUCGUACUCCACGCGCGCGUGCACACUCUCAUGCGCGCACGAGCGUGGCCCCGCAUUGUGGUUGCACCUGGGCACGCGCGCGCGAACGGCCAACCCGCGUCACCAUGCCACGCAGGAAGCAGCAGGCGCCUCGACGGGCUGCGGUAUACAUGCCUGAUGAUGAAGACACCGCUCCUCACGACGCCAUCGUCGAGGAAGAUGGAGAGAAUGAUACCCUGACGGAAGAGGAGUUCUCAGAGAAGACGAGCCCCAAAGUGUCCGAGGACCGCGAGCUGGACAACAAGAGCAGCAACGGUUACAGCAACCAGAACUCUCCCUCCAGUCUCCUGUCGAACCAAGAGGCAGAUCUGGAGUCGCACCUCAGCGAGACUUGUGAUAGACUGUCUGACUUCAAGAACUCUUCACCGCACGAGGGACAGACGGAUGUUGAGAGCUGUAAACGCAAAGAGGAGACGGGCAACAGUUUGCAGAAAAUGAAGGCAGCUUAUGCAAACUUUCUUUCAGAUUCCUACUGGACAGGAGUCGGAACAGAAUUGAAAUUGGGCAAAAACACCAGCAAAGCCAACUGCGACAGCACCAACGGAGGCUCCAAGAGUGACUUCGACUGGCACCAGGAUGCUCUGUCUAAGACCCUGCAGCAGACGGUCUCGCCGAAGCCGACGUCUAAACCCAAUCUCUUCAGUUCUGUCCACUUGUACCGGCAAAGCAGCAAACCCUGCGGUUCAGUUUUCACAGGUGCAAGCCGCUUUCGUUGUAAGGACUGCAGUGCUGCUUAUGACACCCUAGUGGAGCUGACGGUCCACAUGAACAAGAGUGGCCACUACAAGGACAACAACCUCAGCAAACAGAGUAAUUCCUCCGCAUCGUCCUCUAAAUCAAAGAAACGCAGUAUGCAGGAUCUAGAAGGGAAGGAGGAUGCCCAGAAAGUUCUGAAGUGCAUGUUCUGUGGCCAUUCUUUUGACUCACUCCAGGAUCUGAGUGUCCAUAUGAUCAAAACCAAGCAUUACCAAAAAGUGCCUUUGAAGGAGCCAAUACCAGUAAUCACACCCAAACUACUCCCACCGGCAAAGAAGCGCGCCUUUGAAACCGCCAGGCCGUGCUCCCCUGACUCAACGACUGGCGCAUCCGGCUACGGCGACAUCCAACGCGCUGGUGCGAAUGCAAACAAUAAUCGCUACGGCUAUCAGAAUGGUGCGAGUUACACGUGGCAGUUUGAGACGUGCAAGUCUCAGAUUUUGAAAUGCAUGGAGUGCGGAAGCUCCCACGACACUUUGCAGCAACUCACCACGCACAUGAUGGUGACCGGGCAUUUCAUCAAGGUUACCAACUCCGCUUCCAAGAAGGGUAAACAGCUAGCGCUUGACCCGCUGGCUGUGGAGAAAAUCCAGGGUUUAGCCGAGCCCACUGCCAGUGAACCGGACGGAGAAAAGUUGUCCCCCAAGAAUGUUUCUCCUGUAAGCAGCGAGAGGGAUGGCCAAGGAGAGGGUGCAUCAGACAAAAUGGAAGAAACCGAAGUCAAAGAUGACAAGGAAGCGAAUGAAGAUCAAAAGGCGGGAAAUGGGGAAUUUAAGUACCCUUAUCUUCGUGAGGAAGAUCUGGAGCAGGACUCUGGUGGAGGGGGUGACAUUCUUAAAUCUUUAGCCAACACAGUGGCCUCAGCCAUCAAUAAAGCUCAAACAGGUACGCCAAGCUGGAGUGCUUACCCGAGCAUUCACGCCGCCUAUCAGAUCUCUGGCAUUAUCAAAAGCAGCCCUGUCACGGCUGCGUCGCCCCCUGCUCAGCUGAAGCAGACGUUCAACCAAAAGCUGAGGGCGCUCGCCCCAAAGGGGAAGUACGGUGCCACGGGCGUUGAGAGUCCCCAGGGGACGCAUAAAAACGCGGACAUCAAACAGGAGACGGUUGUGAUUAGUGACGGGAAAGAAAGUCAAAGUGUGAAGCUUGAUCUGAUGGAGACGGAUGACAGCGAUUGUCAGGAUGAUUCCUCUUUCUCUUCAAAGCUCGACGCCGACUGCGGGAAUGACGGCAGUGAGCCGAUCAAAGGGAAGCUGAGCCCCGAUUUUUUUGACAGGGGCAAGACUCCGAGCCCCUCUGCCAGUGCCACAGAGCCUCUCAAAGACACUCUGGAUAUCCUUGCUGUAAACCCUCUUAGUGCUCUGCAGUCAGUUCUGAACAAUCAUUUGGGCAAAGCAAAUAAGCCCAAAAACUCACGAGCAGACGAACUAUCGUCCCAUAUCCAGUCCAUUUUCGCUAACGCUAACAAUUGCGGUGACAAGGCCUUGCUCGGUAACACUGCAAGGAAUAAGCCGAAAAAGACAUUUCUUUUUGCAACGGAUGACCAACCAAUAGACCUGACUAAAUCGAAACACAGCAACCCAAGGGCUUCGCUGCUGCAGCCCGCCACCCCAAUGCCACAGAAGUACGCUCUGUCAGACAUCGCCGACAUGGUUAAAGUUCUUCCAAAAGCCACCACGCCAAAGCCGCCCGUAGCAUCUCGGCUCCCGGCGAUGAAACUGGAAUCGGACGUCAGGCGCUUUGAGGACUUAUCCCCCGAGGUGUACUCCGUCCACAAGCGCAAAGGCCGCCAGUCCAACUGGAAUCCUCGCCAUCUUCUCAUCUUGCAAGCUCAGUUCGCCUCCAGCCUCUUCCUCACCUCGGAGGGGAAGUAUCUUCUCUCUGACCUCGGCCCUCAGGAGCGGAUGCACAUCUCUAAAUUCACGGGACUCUCUAUGACCACCAUAAGCCAUUGGUUAGCAAACGUGAAGUACCAGUUGCGGAAAACGGGAGGCACCAAAUUCCUGAAGAACAUGGACACGGGUCAUCCGGUCUUCUACUGCAAUGACUGCGCUUCCCAGUUCAGGUCACCAACCACCUUCAUUUCCCACCUUGAAUCCCAUCUGGGCUUCCAAAUCAAAGACAUGAACAAGAUGCCCGUGGAGCAUCAGAUCAAGGUGGACGAGGCGGAGCUCCCAAAGGUCCUUGGGGUCCGAGCCUCAGAACCUCUGGUCCCGGAGGAGGACAUUGACUCCAAGUUUAAAUGUAAGCUGUGUUGUCGGACAUUCGCCAGUAAUCACGCCGUCAAACUCCAUUUGAGUAAAACUCACAGCAAAUCCCCUGACAACCAUUCGCAGUACGUAGAGAUGGACAAAGAAUAGUUUUAUUGACACGUUUUUUGUUUCAACACACGGGUCGGACAUUUGUUUUUCCCAGUUAGCAAUGUGUAGUACUGUACAACAUUUGAUGGAGCGGUGGCAAAAGACACACUGGUUAGAAAAACGUUAGGUGACACUAAGACAAACGUUUGCACCCUGCGCCAAUGCAUCACCAGUAAUGAAGUCUAUUACUGCUUGAAGAAAACAAAAAAUGCUGAUGUUUGCAUGCGUAGCCACGGCUAUGACUACUAUUUAUUAUUUGUAUGAUAUGCCAAGUUUCAAUUGUAUUUGGAAAUCAACAUAUUGAAAAAAAAACAAUUGUACUUUGCAACUUUUGGGAUACAGAACGCCUGAAUACAUGUGCAGUGGGUAGCCCUGUGCAGAGCUGUGCAGUCGAUUUCUAUGGAAAGCUGUUUCGUGCCCCAUGGAAGAAGAGAGAGAGAGAGAGAGAGAGAGAGAGAGAGAGAGAGAGAGAGAGAGAGAGAGAGAGAGAGAGAGAGAGAGAGAGAGAGAGAGAGAGAGUAGAGGGUCGGGGGAAAGCACUUUAAUCUUUAAUCAUCAAUUUGGAUUCUGUACAAGUCUCAAAAGUGGAUCGAGCAUUUCAAAAGCAAAAGUAUUUCACAUGUAAAUGAUGUUUUAAAUGAAAAAGAAAUGAGGACAAGCUGCAAGACAAAUGAUACAUGUGAUACCUGCACCUUUUUUUUUUUACAUAUUCAAAUAAAGAGUUAACAUUUGACAACA